GUCUGUCAUUAUAAUAGAGUCAAACGAGAGGUGGCCAACGGUAAGAAGGAAAUCCAGGAUAAAACACUUAUUUUAACGGCCCAAGUCAAACGGAGGAAUGAAAAGCUCACAUUGAGGGAAGUUUGUUCAAAUUGUUCGUAUUUUUAACUCUCAGAGUGACAACAGCUCAAAGUCCACUCGUGCUCGGUUCGUGACAGAGACUAAACAGGUUUCAAUCCAUCCGUGGUGGAAAUAUAUGACGGAAUAACAAGUUCUCAUUAAGCGAUGUAGUUUUACGUCCAUCCUCCAACCCCUAAUGCUGUAAAGGGGUCAAAAUCAAAAACUGUAUUCCACUCCACCGGUCCCGGGGUGGGUGGACCACCAGUAUGGACCCCUGGCAAAAUCUGGUGUCCAGAUGUUCGGCAUGGUGGCAGAUGCAUACGCCGCAUGCUCUCAGAGCUUGUGUGUAUGAGGUGUGUAAACCCCUGGUGCCACUCCUGCUGUGCAUCGCUGCCCUGGUGGCUGUGAUUAUGUACGCUCUGGCGGAUAAUCUACACAGUUUUGUAAGCAGGAUCUUCAUUCCCCAGUAUCACUAUCCUUAUGCGGUGCCACUUGCAUUUAUACAGGUAUUUCUGAAUCUCCUGGCGCUGCUAGCUUUGCAUGGUGUGGGUCUGAUCCACCUGAAACCUUUUUCACUGAGGCUGGCUGAGCGUUUGUUUGUGCCGGCAGUUUGCGGGAGCAUCCAGUGUGUUCUAGCCGUAUGGGCUGAAGCUUUUUCCCACUCUGGCCUGUACCCUCUAAUCGCUCGCUUCCUCCCAAUGGUCAGUGUGAGCUUGGGUCACCUGUUUGCACUGAAUAUGCCAGGCUCCAUCCAUGUCUCAAGCCUUCUAACAGUUCUCACCUUCGCCUCUGUCAGCAUCACAGCAUGUGAUGGACUGCAUGCGAUGGAGCCGCUGGAGUAUGUCUACUCUCCUCUCAGCUUGGUCCUCCACAGCAUGUCUCUUGCCUGGCUAGCUAAAGUCGCCCAAACGGAGCGAAGCAAUACCUCAACCUUUGACCUUUACUACACUCUGACAGUGACACGUACCCUCUUAUUAGGGUUCCUGUGUGUUUUGCACCCUGACGGCCCAAAGGCACUGAGUAAUGGCAACUGGCACAGUCUGCUGUUUCUGGGAUACAUGCUCGGGAUGUUGCUGCUCGGUGCUGUGCAGCUUCUUUUUGUGGAUGUUACAGCGCUGUAUUUAUCUGCUCUCCCAGCAGCCGUGCUGCAUGCGACCAGAGGGCUCGUACUGCCCUUGUUCAGUCUGCUAUAGGACACACGGACCAGAGUGUAGAUCAUUCUGAAGAGCAAAAGUCUGUGUAGAAUAGCUAAUCAAAUACCUGAUCAAUUCAAUACAUGAUUGACGAUAACAGUAUUAAAACUUAAUUUAUAGGUGUGAUGACCUUGUGUAAAGAUAAUUAUAAUUAAUUAAUUAAUUAAAUAAUAUGGUUAUGCUACCAGCAAGCACUGAUAUGCAACUUUUCUUUGCUUGCACUGAAACUACGACACUCAUUACAAAUGAGGUGUUUUCAUGAAGGAACUAAUACUAAAGUUCUGAAAUUCAGUUGUAAAGAUAAAAAAUACAGGUUUCUCAGACAUCACCAGCUCUUUUGUACAGACUAUUAUUCUGAGUUAGAAUUACCCAUUAUUUUCUCUGUGUCAGCUGGAAGCUCUGAGAAUGAAAAUAAGAAAUUAUAUUUUGCAUAAAGAAAAUCAAGCCUUUUUAGGACCUUUAGGGUUUAUCGCAUUGUAAUGUAAUUUUUAUGGUAGUGUUAUUACUAAACCACAAUUCCAACAUUUCAUAGUGCAAAUCAUCAUUCUCAUUACAGUAAUGCAAAAAUUAUUGUUGUAUUUGUUGUGCUGGCUUUAAUUUAUGCCUUUAUUUUGUGUUUUUAUUUAAAAAAAAAAAAGUCAGAUGGGAAGAUUUUCAUUACUGUACUAAAAAUAAAACAUCUGAAUGCAUUACAGUUAUGAGAAUGGAGAAAGUGAGCCUUAAUGGUUCUAAAAAUAAGCUAUAUUUUUUAUGCAAAAUAUAAUUAUUUUUGUAUUCUUUUUUUUUAUAUUUUGAAGGUGAAAAAUGAUCUAAGCAUGUUCUUGACAUGCUUUGUGAGAUUCACCCAAGUACGUUAUACUACAGUAAACGCUUAAUCUUACACAUUUGCAACAGAGCAACAUAUAAUAGUAAUAUAUUAUUCAAAUGGAAAACCUGUGACUCAUGUAUUUAUUUAGCUCCUCAUUUACAGUACAAACUACAGUAUUAUUGUUAAAGUAUGGCAUAAAUAAAACAUACUGAGGUUUUCUCAUACCUAAACCUAA